AUGGUCGCAAUCAAGGCAUUCGGCGCAUGGCUCCUCGCCGGCGCCGCUGGCCUCGCCGGCCUUGCCAGCGGUCUUGCCAGCACAGAUACCAUUACCUGGGGUGGUGAUAACUCCAGGGCUGGUUACCAGACUAACCACAACAUGGACCCCUCCGUCGUCGGCAGCAAUCAGUUUGGCCAAAUCUUCAAAGUUAUGUUGCCGGGCAAAUAUGGCGGUGCCGCCGAGCAAAUCUUUUCUCAGCCUCUCGUUUACACUCCCAACAAUGGCACCACGCAAUACGUCUACUGGGCCACGACUCAAAAUAACCUCUACAAGAUGAACGCCAAAACUGGCGAAAUCGUCGCCAAGCGUAAUCUUCACAUUCCCUUCCUCACCGCCGAUCUCGACGGCUGCGUCGACAUUAAUCCCAACAUUGGUAUCACCGCCACGGGUGUCAUCGACCCCAGCACCGAGACACUGUACUUGACGGCCAAGACGUACCUCGAUCAGACCGUCCUCAACACGGCCCAGGGCCGUCCUGCCGGCCGAUACUAUGUCCACGCCAUUGAUGUCAACGACUUGACCGAGCGUCCCAACUUCCCCGUCAACCUCGAAAAUAUCAAGGCCACCAACAACCCUGAGCGCAUAUUUACCGGCGGCAUUCACCACCAGCGACCCGGCCUACUUCACCUCGGCGACUACAUAUAUGCCGGGUUCGCCUCCCACUGCGUCCAGUACGACUUUAGUGGCUGGAUCAUUGGUUGGCACAAGACCACCGGCAAGAUUGUCGAGAGCUGGGCUACCGAAGGUGCCAAUGUCCCCAUCACUACCAAGGGUGGUGGUGUCUGGAUGUCUGGCGGUGGUCUCGCUUCUGACGAUGCCGGAUCCGUCUUUUUUGCCACCGGUAACGGGUAUGCUUCUCAGCUUGCCACUAUUCCCGUCAAGGGCUUCGAGCCUCCUACCGCCCAAGAAGAGUCCGCCGUUCACAUGACCCUCCAACCCGAUGGUAGCCUCGAAAUUGUUGACUUCUUCAUGCCCUGGGAGAAGCAGGCGCUCGACGGUGCCGAUAAGGAUCUUGGUUGUUCUCCUCUGGAGCUGCUGCCUCCCGAGUUUGCUUGCGGUGACAUUAAGCGUGUUGGUGUCAUCACUGGCAAGAGCGGCAAGACAUACUGGCUCAACAUGGAUAAUCUAGGUGGUUAUCGCAACGGUCCAAACUAUCGCGAUGCUGUCAUUCAAGUGUUCCAGAACGACAACUCUGUAUACGCCGGUGCCGGUGUCUACCCUCUGGAAGGAGGCUAUGUUUACAUCAACGUCAUUCAGCAUCCCUCCAAUGUCUUCAAGUACUCCUGUGUCAAUGGCGUCCUGUCCUUCCCCAAAGUCGCCACCACGGCUGAAACAAAUGCGUACAUUCUCGGCGUCAGCCACGGCACCACCACUUCGCUCAACGGCCAGCCUGGUACCGGUCUUCUGUGGGUUACUGACGUUCAGGGGCUCGGCCUCAGAAUCUACAAUGCCGUGCCCCAGGCUGGCACCAUGACCAUGAUCAACUCUUUCAGCAUCACCGGUGUCAACAAAUUCACUCGCCCCGUUUUCGGAGACGGACUUGUAUAUAUUGGCACCAACCAGGGCUACGUUUACGCCUAUGGCUCGCCUGUCAACGCACCUCUCAAUUGUACCUCACCCGUUGACUUUGGCAAAGCCGACCUCAAGUCCAACAGCACUAGCAAAGACAUUACCUGCACUGCCAACAUUGACGUGUCCGUUACUGGUAUUGAACUCAGCGAUACGACCGACUUUGCUCUUGCUACUCCCCCGUCCGUUCCAUUCAAUGUUGCCAAGGGUAGCAACUUUAAAGUUUCUGCCACCUUUUCCCCCAGCAAGGUCGGCCUUGUGUCUGCCGACAUUGUCGUCAACACAACCAACUCGGUCGGUGGUUACAGCAUCAACAGCCAUGCCCGCCUUACUGGUACGGGCGAAAGCACCUCUGCCCUUCUUGAUGUCGCCCCCAACACCGUCACUUUUGAUGCCGUCGUCGUUGGCGACGACCCCAACGGUGUCACACAGCAGUUCCUCGUCAACAACCUAGGCAAUGCCCAGCUCACCAUCAAGCAGGUCCUCUAUUCAGCCAACAAUGCUAGCGGACCUACAUUCACUUGGGAUGGCAACGGUGACUUGGUUGUCGGACAGUUCACUGUCAAGGGAAUUCCAACUACCCUCAACGGCCACCAGUCCUCCUCCGUCACAGUCGUCUUUGAUUCAUCCAAGGCCGGCACCUACUCUGGUUUCCUCAAGUUUGUCUCCGACGGUGGCACCAAGUCGCUAUCUCUCGCUGCUUCGGCUGGUCCUGCUGCCAAAGCGGUACUCGAAUUCCAGACCCCCGACGGACAGGGCUGGGUAAAGUAUGUUGACGGCAAGCCUUUUGACUUUGGCAAUGUUACCGAGAAUCGGUCUCGCGCUCUCAGGUUCCGCAUCACUAAUGGAGCUCCAUCUGGUGGCGUCAAGCUCUCACUCACCGUCUCCAAGCCUCCUUUCGGAGUUGAUGGCCUCAUCAAGGCCGCUAACCAGGUAGAUCUUGCUGAAGGAACCUCGUUGGCUCCCGGCGAAAGCGGUUCUGCUGUCCUUACUUGCAGCGCUCCCAAGACCCAGUGGAAUGUUGCGCCCACAAACGGUACUGCUGGCUGGACUCUCAACACCAACGACCCCGUGCUGGGUAAGCAAUUCAUUCAAUUCUUCUGCAGGGCGGUUUCCGAGCAGGCGCCACCUUUACUGGACAAUGGCCUCGGCCAGUACCGCUACAAGGGAUGUUUCCUCGAGAACAACCCUGGCCGUCAGCUCCAGACUCAGCUCUACGGCGACGACAACAAUACCAAUGCCAUGUGUAUCGCUGCUUGCGCCGACAAAAAGUACACCUACUGCGGUACCCAAUACCAUCGUGAAUGCUGGGCCGGCAACUAUAUCCCUGUCAAGCAGGUGGAUGACCGCAAUUGCAACUUUGACUGCGCCGGUGACUUGAACCAGAUUUGCGGUGGUAAUGGUGAUGGUGGCGCUAGCUACAUCUCUCUCUUUGUUGACUCGAAAGGCAAGGACACUGGACCCCCAGUCGGCCCUAGCGUGAACCCCGGUGUCGACGGCUACAACAGCAUCGGAUGUUACACUGAGGGUACGGCCGGUCGUGCCCUCCCUAAUGGAGCUGCGACCGACAAAAGAACUGUCAAGAGCUGCGUGGAUGCUUGCAAGGCUGGCAGCUACAUCUACGCCGGUCUUGAGUAUGGAGGCGAAUGCUGGUGUGGCAACGCUUUGGGCGCCGGUGCCGUUGUGGCGCCUCUUUCCGACUGCAACAUGUUAUGCAAUGACAACGGUACCGAAUACUGCGGUGCUGGUUCGCGUCUCAAUGUGUACCAGCUCGGCGGUGGCAACUCUUCUGUCAGUUCUGCUGGUUCCAAGCCUGGCACCUCGUUUACUGCCGCGUCCAGCGCCGACGGCAACGGUACCGCGACCGCCCUUACGACCGCCACGGCUACCACAGACACGACCGAUGCUACAACUACAACUACGGCGACGGCGACGGCUACGACGACAGCUACCACUGCCUCGAGCAGCACUCCCACUCCUACUGGUCCCGCCAGAAAGUCUGUCGUGAGCCAGACUUGGAAGCUCCAGGGCUGCUGGACAGAGGCCACCAAUGCGCGCGCUCUGUCCGACAGCACAUACGCUGACGACGAUAUGACUCUCGAAUCGUGUGCUGCAUUCUGUAAACUCUCCACUUACUUUGGUGUAGAGUAUGGACGUGAAUGCUACUGCGGCACGAAACUCAACGAAGGCUCUGUCAAGGCCGAACAGGAAGACUGCUCCUUUACCUGCCCAGGUGACGAUUCCGAAUAUUGCGGCGCCGGGAACCGACUUGAACUGUACAUGAAGUCCCAGGAUAGCACCACCUCCUCGAGUGUAUCAAGCCUUACCACACCCACGACAAGCUCAACCUCUGCCAGCACAGCUACCGCUACUUCUGAUACUAGCGGCUCGAGCACGUCAUCUGGAAACAUGACCGCGAGCAGCGUUUCGACUACCGACUCUACUAUUUACAGCUCUGCCAUUUACAGCUCUGCCCUUGAUGGCUCCGCCCUUGACAGCUCUGAUAUUGACAGCUCUGCUAUUGACAGCUCUGCUACUGACAGCUCUGCCACCAGCACUAUUACAACUUUCAGCUCUGCCACUUCGAGCUCUGCCACCCCGAGCGCAACCACCUCGAGCGCAACCACCUCGAGCGCAACCACCUCGAGCGCAACUUCAACGCCGUCUGCCUCCACCACUGCCUCAAAGACCAGCUCCAGUACCACAACUUCUGCAAAGCCUACCUCGACUAGCCCAGUCAUCAGCGAAGGCAAUGUCAACUUCACAUACUACGGCUGCUUCUCCGAGCCCAACCAAGGUCGACUUCUGCCUAUACAAAUCUAUAACAACUCCACUGACAUGACCAUCGGAAAGUGCCUGCAAAAGUGUGACGCGGCCCAAUCAGGCUACAACUUCGCUGGCGUCGAGUACGGACAAGAGUGCUGGUGCGGCAGUACGCUGUCGCUGGACGGCGGGCAGUCUGCCAGCGAGCCUGGCAAGAAUAUCAGUGGCUCUUAUUGCAGCUUCUUGUGCCCUGGCAACAAGACUGAGUACUGUGGUGCUGGUCUCAGACUGAGCACCUACGUGCUCAAGUCGUGGCUCAAGAAGCAGAGUCAGACUACUGCGCCAAUCAGGCUCAAAUAUUAA